GUAAAAUCUUUGGAUUUCCUACCUUAGUCUUAUAUGCUAGGUGACACAUCUUACCCCGGAGUGCCUGCAUAUUGUAAAGAAACCAUGGAUAAGAAUAGCAUAUCAUUCUACCUAUACCAACCUCUCACGGGGAUGAACAUCAUCUACGGUGGAAUAUUCUGUCAAGACACUGCAACGCAGACAAAAGUAGCUAAAUAGGUAGCAUGGACAGUUUUGGCCAACCAGGACAGAAUCACUAUGAAGGAAUGAUCUCACCACUUGAACCAGGCAUGCACCAAAACAAAAGUGAUUCUGCAUAUAGCUCAUUCUCUACUAGCUCUAAUGUCUCUAAUUAUACAGUGUCAGCAAGAAUGGAUGUAGUAUCUCCUAUCAACUGCUUUCUGAGCUCAAAUAAACAAGAAAAGAGUCAAUAUCUCCAAACUGGACAAGGAGCUAUAGAAUCACAGGUGAAUAUUUCUAAGCAAUCAUUAAAUGAACAUUUCCAAAAUACUUCCAUAUUUCCCUAUGCUAUGCAUCAUUUAGACAAUAUAAAUUCUCCACCUCAGCCACCAAUACACAGAGAUAGCUUAAGAGAAAACAAAAAUCAAUUAUGCAAUUGUGAAAGAAGGGCUUCAGCUUCAGGUGACUCAUUUCAUAUACCUAGAAUAUGCUCAUCAGAAAAUGGUGAAUUUAGUAGUUCUGAAAAUGCUUUUUGUCAGUGCACAAAUGACACUUGUACUGUACGUUUUCCAGAGAAUUUGUCAUCUGACCAAUAUUAUAUGCUGAGUUCACAGACUGAUAAGAUCCAUCAAAUCAAUACAUGCGCAAAAGAUGAAGAGAGACAACCUAACCAAUGCAAUGAAUUAAAAUGGUCUGAAGAUGACAGAAAAACAAAUUUAUUUAAUUACAAUAGUAUUGGGGAGGUCCUAUGUAAUAGUGAUCACAUGGCAACAGAAACAGAUAAAAAUUCAGGCAAUGGACACUGGAAGCGUUUAGACCAUCCUUCUACUCAAACAAAAAUGUCAAAAUCUUCUGAAGACUGUCGUUUUUCUUCAGAUAAAUGCAAAGAAAUAUGUAGGUGCAGUACUAAGAAACAUUUUGAAAUAUCACAUGAACUAAGCACAGAACAACUUUCAAAUAUGAAUGGGGUAGAUCUGUGUUCCUCUUUGGACAAAUCAUUUAGAAUGUCAAAUGAAGGACAAAAUGCUUUAAGUUCACUUUUACACAAUUAUGUAGAUGAAACAAACUUAAGCUGCAAUACUAAUACGUUAACACGAAAUGCAUCUGAGAAGGUAGAAUCUGUGGCUCCAUUUAAAAAAUCUGGUUUGCCUCGUCAUCGUUCAGCACAAAUGAGAAGAAAAAGUGAUCGCUUUGCUACAAACCUAAGAAAUGAGAUCCAGAGACAAAAAGCUCAACUUCAGAAGAGUAAAGAUUCUAGAAUGCUGCUGUCUGCUGAAGACUCAAUUGAUGACAAAUACAAAGCAUUUGAAAGUCCAGUUGAGUUAAUUCCUUCUCCACCACCACCACCACCUAAAAACAUGGCACUUCUUUUAGAAAUCAAAAGAGCCAACACUGAAAUGUGUAGAAGCUCCAAAGAUUAUUUUAAUCAGGUAAAAUAUGAGUGUGAAUUUAAUGAUAAAAAUGACAUUUACAAGCAUUCUAUUAAAGAAAACAUGUCAAUUAAAGAGGCUUUUAUAGACGAUAAAGAAUUGUUUGUGCCUUCUCAAAACAAAACAUACAAUGAAGGUAGGACAUCUGAAAGUUCAGCUAUGCGUCAACAAGAAUCCCUCUUUCAAAAAAGAAAUCGAGUUGAUCAUAGAAAAAAAACUGAACAGAAAGGCAUGGCACCUAAAUCUGAACAAUUCUUUGAUGAAUCGGCAUCAGUUUCAACAAGUAUGCCUAGUAGCCCAGACAAAAGGGAAAUUGAAGAUGAAAUCUGCAAAGACAGCCUGAAAAUAACAGUAGAAUACAUAGACUCUUCAGGCUUAGAACGAAAACCACCCUGUGAUGUAAGUAGUGUUGAUAUCUUAGGAAAUUCAUGUAAUAAAACUCCAACCGAAACUCUUGAUAAACACAUCCAUGGGAAUGAUACUUGCAUUAUGAACAAUCAGUCUUUUGAUUAUGAAAAGAAGUGGAAUUUUAGGCAGUGUAUUAGUAACAAAUCUGUUACAGAAGAGAAAACAAUUAACCAGGCAAGUUUAAGGACAAAUAAUAAGGUUCAUGAUGAAAACAAAUCAGAUGAUUUUCCUUCUGCAGUCCACCUCAAGUCUCCACACCACUUUUCAGAGUUUAAAAACAAUAUUUCUCAGCACAAUCCAAAUAAUGAUGCCAAAUGCAUUGGGAGGGAGGUUGGACAAAAACUAAAUGGAAUGCAGAUGGAAGAAACGGUUCCCAUCAUAUCAAAAACAAAUGAUGAAAAUAUUCUAAUGCCGUUUGCAGAUCGGAGGAAGUUUUUUGAAGAUGUAAGCAAAGAACCCACAUCAUACCUCUCUGUAAAUGACAAACCAAAAAAAAACAUUUGUCCAAGCAUACCUGAUAAUAUUUUUUCUCAGACCAUGGCUUCAGAUUUAAAGAGGCAUUAUCUUCCACCUGCUAGAAGGCAAGACAGUGGUUUACCUCAUGGUUUUUGUAUUAACCAUACAGUGGACCCUCUAAAGUGCUGCAAUCAAGAAAAACUGUCUAACUAUCUACCUUCUUUGACAUAUGGAUACAGAGCUGCUUGUGUAUUUUGCUCUGACUUGUGCCCUUCUUUGCUUAAAAGAUACAUACCUCCCCCUUGUCAAGGCCAACACCUCCACCGACACCACCUUCAUCGGUGGACACAAUGUACAGAUUACCUGUGUCCUACACAGUAUGAUUCAUUAGAGGAAGGUGGCUCUCUUCAUAUUGAGCCACGGGAAUUGAGGAAACCCCUGCCACAGGAUAUAUCCUUGAUGGAUUGGAACAAGCAUAUGAAAAUCCACAGGAAGUGCAGCCAAUCUGUGAGUGACUUAUGUCAUUUUCCAUCUGGCACUCAGCACCCUAGCUCAUUAAAGCCAUGCUGUGAGGAAAACAACCAAGAUUGGCCUCAAUGUUUCAAGACAACAUCUUUGUAUAAUAUUUCUGGUGAAAAUAUCCCUAGGCUGGAAGAUUUUGCAUUAUUUGAGGAUGGUCAUCCAGGGCCAUCCUUAUUGCAAAAUAGAGCUUACGCUGUAAAUCAUCUUAACAUGGAAUAUCUAGCUUUACGCGAAAGGAUAAAGUCUCCUACAACAAAACUGGAAGAAAAAGAGCCAUACAUUAAAUCAAAAAAACAAGGGCCUCCUCGCCCACCACCUCCUAAAUGGGAAAAGUACGGAGGACACCGGGUAUCUAAGCGAGAUAGUAAAUCUGGAUUCUUCCAUUGUGAAGAGGAUGUGAGACAAUGUUCCCAAAGUUUGCCUGUGGAUAGGGCAUCUUUCAGUGAAGCAAGUAAUUUGCCUCCUUCCCCAAAUCAUGGGUUUAAUCAUAAUAAAGAAAUUUGUGAGAUAAGAUGUGCUUCGCAAGGAUCUCAGGAAUCUGCUACGUCUCUUUUCCAGAAUACUUCAACCAGUACAUCCAAAUUUAAAGAAGCUGAUGUACAUUACACUACUGAGCAGUUAUUCUGUCCAGAGUCUAACACAAUGGAGCCAUUCUCUACAUGUGUGUAUAAAGGGCAGUUUUCUACUGCUUUUGAAGGUGGAUUUAGACAUUCAGAAGAUGAAUUGUCAACUGAUAGAGAAUCUGAAGUUUCCAUUCCAGAAAGGUAUGAUGAAUUCCAGCCAAUCUCUUCUACACCUUUGUGUGAAACUAUAAGUCCUAGUACCUGUGCUACUUACCAAAAUGCAUCAUCAGCCAAAAUCAGUAUUAACAGAAUGAAAGAAAUGGCUGAGGUCCAGGAGAAAGAUGGAUAUGUGACAGAAGGAGAGGAUGAAGAGAAUGAAUUAACUGUUAAGAAGGUGCAGCUCAUAAAAAGCAUUAGUAGAAAGCUCUCUGUCCUCCGUGAAGCCCAGCUAGGACUUCAAGAGGACAUAAAUGCCAAUGCCACUCUUGGCUGUGAGUUGAAGACUUUACUACAACGUGUUUGCAAACCUAAUGAGUAUGAUAAAUUUCGAAUCUUCGUUGGGGACCUGGACAAGGUGGUCAGCUUACUAUUGUCCUUAUCUGGACGGCUGAGUAGAGUGGAAAGUGCUUUGAACUGUGAAGAUCCAGAGCCCUCCAUGGAAGAAAAGCUGAAUCUCAUGGAAAAGAAAAAACAACUAAUUGACCAACUGGAGGAUGCUAAAGAACUCAAAGCACAUGUAACACGGAGAGAGAAAAUUGUUCUAGAGACAUUAGAGAAGUACUUAAGUGAUGAGCAACUUCAAGACUAUCACCACUAUGUCAAGAUGACUUCUGCCCUCAUUGUGGAGCAGCGAGAACUAGAAGAUAAAAUCAGAUUGGGAGAAGAACAACUGAGGUGUUUGAGAGAAAGUCUGUAAACUCUUUAGCUAUGAAAUUAAAGGGUUUUCCCCACAACACCUAAAUAUGACUUCCUAGCCACCUCCGACCUGUUUGUGGUGACAGUCAGGAAGCUGACAGCAGCUGAGGUGGCAAUUUUUUGUUUAACUUCUAUUUACAUAAAUGGUAGUUGCAUAAUUGGCAUAGCACCAGGAAUUUACAUUGUUUACAUUACUCUAGGAGUUACGUAAACAGCAUAGCUGUCACAGGGUUAUGCCAUAAAUAAACUCUCAUUAAUGUUAAUGGGAGAAAUGCAAAUUGUGUAAGAUAUCCGUCUUGGAUUUUUUUGGGUCACCACAAACAGGCCAGGAAGCCAAAUUUUGGGUUUGUGGGUAAACCUCUUUAAAAGUUGCUAAAGAGGUAUCAAUUUGCGGUCUUCUAUAUCUAUUUUUAAUUCUUACCAAAGAAGACUCAGGACAUGUUAACACAUUAAAACUGACCUGUGUUUUAGCUAUGACAUUGUGUUUUUAUGGUCAAACAUUAGUUAAUAAUUGAAAGAUUUUAUUAUGAUAAUGUGUUUCAUUGUUGUCAAUGGGGUAAAAACAUUUUGGAAAUAAGACUUAUACCUCAUCAACUGGACUCUUUCUCCCCAUGUGUUUUGAAUGUGUCCAAUAUUUUACAAGUAUAUUUUGGGUAGGGGAAUAUGCAAAGCAGCUCAUUACACAACCUUUUCAGGUGGUGUUCCCUGGUAUCAGCAUAUUCCCCUACCCAGAAUGCCUGCGGAGUGCUAAAUGGCCUAACCUGAAUCUCCGUUACACCUGAAGAGGUGUCCUCUCCCUGAGAAAAGUACUGACCCCUUUUAAAGCCACAAGUAUAUUCUAAGAUUCUAAAUGAUAACUUUGCAGACAUUUAGGUUUCAUAUUUUACCAUUAGCCAUCAAAAUAAAUAUUCAGUUACCUUACAGAUUCCUGUAACUGGAUUUUUAAAAUCAUCCAUGCGGUCUUAACCAGCAAAUUCCAGACAUUUCAGGCAUGCUUUUUUCUGUGCAUUUCAGAUGCUUUAAAGGGGUAUUCCAGGAAAAAACUUUUUUUUAU